GUAUAAACGCACAAAAUGUUUCAGCAUAAAAGAUUCAUUUGCGUGGGGCUGUGCAUGGUUGCAGCGACGAUGACGGCGGUUGCACGAGCGGCGCCACAGACUGCGUGAAGGCCAGGCGCAUGACGAGCAUGUGGGUUCCUGCCCGGCGCCACGUCCAGCACAAGCGCAUCCACAGGCCCGUGGCCGAGGCUCCGGUAACCAGUUCGGGACACGUUGAGUAUGACUGGAUGAGCGCCCACUACAACCGCCAGUCAGAUGACAUUGAGCUUCUGCCGUUCCCCAAGGAGAUUAACGAGAGAAAGGGGAUUAUCUGCGUCAGGAGGGAUUAGGGAUUAAGUGGGAUUUCAUAUUUCUUAAUUGUUAAUUUUUGUUUUUUUUUAUUGUUUGUUUUGUUUCCUGUUUCUCCUUCUGUCACCUGGUCAUGCAUUUGAGUGGAUGUAUAUAUAUGAUGUGUUGGCAGGUUAUAGUGUUUUUUUGUUUUUUUGUAUAUAUGUAUUUGUGUUGAACUAUUUCGGUACGCUUGUUCAACUACAAAAGAAAACUUGAAGCAAAAUAAGCAACGUGUGUGUGUACGUGUGUGUGUUCGUCAGAUAAAACGACAUAUAUCGUUCUUCUUGUAUAUUCAUAUAAAGAUAGACCUGAAUGAAACAAAAUUCAACUCCUGGUGACAUAACAUCAAUGAUGAUUUUUUUUUAAGAUCAUACACCUAGAGCUAAUCUCAUAUUUUUUUCUCUCUCUGAAUGGUCUACUUCACUAGUGUUAGCAAUAGGUUGACAUUGAAAUGCUUUCCGUCAAACAAUAUCAAAUGUCAAUUUUUUUUGAGAUAGCAUUCUACUUGUAUAUUCACACACACACACACACACACACAAAUAUAUAUAUAUGUAUAUAUAUAUAUAUAUAUAUAUAUAUAUGUGUGUGUGUGUGUGUGUGUGUGUGUGUGUGUGUGUGUGUGUGUGUGUGUGUAUCCCUAUAUCCUUGUAGUCUAAGUAUUUGUGUAUGAAAUACGUAUUUCAUGCGUGUAACUACCUUACUGGACAAAGAAACAAAAGUAAUUAUGUGAAUCAAAGAAAAAAAAAAGAUACUUUUUUAUGAAUCUUUUAAAUAGAAAUAUUAUAAAUCCUGUAUUUACAUUUAUUUUUAUGCUGUUCUUAUGUAAGUCAAGUUUUCGCUUUUGUCCAUAACUUUUUGUUUCAUACAUUAGUCAGUAUUCUUUUGUUCUGUCACGUAUAUUCGUAAUACCCCCCCCCCCCCCUACCAAAUAAACAAAAGCAAAAUGUGCAAAUCGUAAACCGAAGCGAAAAAAAUCCACAGGCAAAGUGCUAACCAAAUUAAUAAUAAUAAAAAAACAACAACUAAGGAAAGAAACGCAAUAUAAUUCAAAUGGUAAGACGCAAAACAACAACAACAACAACAAAAGCGAUGCGGGAAAGCGCCAUAUAAAAACAAAACAAAACAAAACAAAGGCAGAUCUCGAGGACGCUAAAACAAAAACAAAAGCGAAGCGGGAAAGCGCUAAAAUGGAGCGAAAACGGAAACGCAGAUUAAGAAUUUCUCACAAGAGGCAAGAACGCUGCAU